AAUAGGAACGAGGGAUACAAAAGCCAUUUCCAAUAGAAAGUCUCCUUGGUUCCCAUCCAAUGGAAAUGGUACAGGAAGUUUUUGGUCCUGCUUGAUAAGCAAAGGUGUGUUUAGGACACCUUCCCAGAUCUGUUUACAGAGAUCUGUUGCCAGGUCAAAUCAGGGAAAGAAGGAUUUCACAACAAUUACUGUUAUGGUAUAGCGCUAAGAAAAUGCUAAUUCAUUCUUUCUGAACGUUUGUGUCCAAAUGAUACCAUGCUUAUUUACAUUUAGGGAAUUGAGUGCAAUGUUUGUGUGCUUAAGUUGUUCCAGUCUGGUGUUAUCAUGCUGCACAUCUGAUCUGCUGAGUCCUGCUCUGGCUCCUAGUGCCACUGCAAUGGAAAGGUGGUCUGAUGAAGAAGCACCUUCUACAUUUAGAACCUGCUUUCUAAGCACUUGAUCACCGCCAGAUAUUUUCAAAAUAAAAAUGAGGUUGUGUCAACUGUACCAUUGUGUUUAAAUCCAGAUAAAGCCACUUGAGUGUGCACUCCUGCUGUGCGCAUUAAGCUUGCGGUGGUCACAUGACGCCCACAGCGUCAGCAGGAUGAGAUGUUGUAACGGAGUAGAGAUGCUAAAGGUCGGGACCGUUCGUUCAACUUAAGCUUCAUCUGCCAUUGGUUCUGCUUCAGAGCGAUAACCAUUAUUAGUGUCACUGUUGCAGUUGAUCAAGUGAACUUCGACCUACCCUGUCUUUUGCCUUCAUAUAACAAAUACUGUAUUACUCGGUAUUAACAUAGAAAUCCCACUACCCACCUCUCCUUUUUAACGUAUCUAUAGGAUACAUGUGUAUUGAUUAACUGUCACAUGCUUGUGCACCUACAGUUCUCAGGGUAACCCCUAGGGGGGUGGUCAUUGUAACGCAAUCCUUUUUAAAGAGUAACCAAACAUUACACUGCUCAUUGGCUGAAGUGUCCUUGGGAUGUUGCCAUAGCAGCCAGGGGCAUCCCUGGGGUUCCGGGAACUGUUUAAUGCUGUAAGUGUGGAUAAGGGUAUGGUUACUUUUUAAAGUAACCACUUUUUAAAGUAUCAACCCAUUUCCCGAUGACCUCACUUCUAUAUUCUGCCUGAUGUAACAUCUGUAACAAUAAAGUGAUCAUCCUCUUUAUAAAAAGUUUUUGGGUAAAUUAUCAACAUUAAAUUGCCACUGGUAAUGACAGUAAUGACAUUUUUGACCUAUCAACUGUAUAUUUGCCAAUAAGACUGUUGAUGUGCUGGAUGGUCACCUGGCGGUAGACGGGAAGUAGACGCAGUGUGCGCUCCCUGUGUAUCAGUGCCAAGGGGAGCGCCGACACACGUUGAGCGCAGAUACCCGUGGAUACAAGGGUAGUCUUGCUAGACAGGAAGGGCUGAAAAACAGGGAAUGCUGAAACACUGGGAGCAUACACUGCGUUUACUUGGUCCAAUAAGAAAGAAGAGACCUUUGAUUCAGACAGGGCAGGGUCCCCGCCUCAGCGGCCCCCUGGACUGAGCCAACCCCCCCAUGAGGGCAUCAGCUGGGUUGUGGGGAGACGUGUCCGUUCAGGGGUCCCUACUGUUGGAUUAGUCUGAGGAUUCUUUGCAUGGCCAACAGCAAAGGGUUUGAUGUUGAGCGGCAUCCUCAGAGUUUGGCAGGUAGUAGUGUGUUUAGUACACUAAAAACUUUGGGAAAUGAUGAACCUGCCAAAGGGUUUGCCUAGGUGUUUUUACUGCAUGAACAGUUAAGUUAGUUUAUAUUUCUUUACACCAACCACUGCUGUGUGCAUUUGCAUGGUUUUACUUUGUGUUCUUACUGAUUAUGAGGAAACGGUUUGGAAUGAAAUAAGGUUAUAAUACAUCUUCAUUUAGCAACAGGCAUAGAAAAAAUCACAAAUGAAUAAAUACCAGAAUAAACGUCAGUGCUUAUAACUUGCUGUUCAAUUUGAAAGAUAGUGCCAGACAAGUAUUUCUGACAAUCAGCACCAUGGGUUAUAAGUCUUUCAAUUUCCAAAGUGUUGAUGGUUCUUUAAAGUAUAUUUACUUCAAAUAGGACAGUUGGCUGGGAUUAUAAAUUGGGUUGAUUUGGGAUGACUCGUAUAAUUUUUCCCUUGUUCACGUGUCACUGACUUGGUGUCAUGUCCCUCUGAUCAGAUGACGCAAAGCUAAAUGGUGCUACUGUCCCAAAGAAAGGACUGAAAACAGAGGAAACACAGGAUGUGAAGAACAUAGACCGGAGGAAAGAAAAGGUCAUUGAGGUUCUUCUUCCAGACAUUGAACUACCAAGAGAGGAGAAGGUCCCUGGUUGGAACAGAUCUGGAGAUGAGCUGCCCAAGGGCCUGGGGUUGAAGGUGCGCUCAACGCUCCACCAGCAGCUCAGGAGCCUCUACCAGAGGAUGGAGGCAAAGAAGAUCUCCCGGUUGGUGCUGGGGGAGGUCCGGGCCGUCCUGGAGGUGGAGGAGGAGGCCAGUGAGCUCGCCUUGGCCUUGAAGAUGAAGAGGCUGGAGGCCGCGCACAAGGCCCACCACAUCCUCAGAGAGGAGGAGCGGAGACGAGCCGAGGAGGAGGAGAACAUCAGAAGAAUGGCAGAAAAGAGACGAGAGGAGGUGCGCAAGAAGGAAGCAGAGGAGGAUAAGAGGAGAGAGGAGGCACAAAGAGUAGCAGAGGAGAAGAGAAAGGAGGAGGAAUGCAAGAAGGAGGUACAAAGAGUAGCGGUGGAGAAGAGAAAGGAGGAGGAACGCAAGAAGGAGGCACAAAGAGUUGCGGAGGAGAAGAGAAAGGAGGAGGAAUGCAAGAAGGAGGCACAAAGACUAGCUGAGGAGAAGAGAAAGGAGGAAGAGCGCAAGAAGGAGGCACAAAGAGUAGCGGAGGAGAAGAGAAAGGAGGAGGAAAGCAAGAAGGAGGCACAAAGAGUAGCGGAGGAGAAGAGAAAAGAUGAGGCACGCAAGAAGAAGGCACAAAGAGUAGCAGAGGAGAAGAGAAAGGAGGAGGAACGCAAGAAGGAGGUACAAAGAGUAGCGGUGGAGAAGAGAAAAGAGGAGGAAUGCAAGAAGGAGGCACAAAGAGUAGCUGAGGAGAAGAGAAAAGAGGAAGAGCGCAAGAAGGAGGCACAAAGAGUAGCUGAGGAGAAGAGAAAGGAGGAGGAACGCAAGAAGGAGGCACAAAGAUUAGCGGAGGAGAGGAGAAAGGAGGAAGAACACAAGAAAAAAGAAGAGGAGAUAAGAAAGGACGAAGAGCGCAAAAAGGAGGCAGAGCGAUUAGCCGAGAAGAGAAAGGAGGAGGAACGCCAGAGAGAGGAGAAGUUAGCGGAGGAGAAGAGACGAGAAGAGGAGCGCAAGAAGGAGGCAAAGAGAUUAGCAGAGGAGGAGAGAGAGGGGGACAAGCGCAGGAUAGUGGCAGAGAGGCUGGAAAAGGAGAGAAUAGAGAAAGAGGAGAGGGAGCGUACGGCCAGGGUGAAGAAAGAGAGGGAGAAACUGGUGAAGGAGAAGGAGGCCCGGGAGGAGAGAGAACUCCAGGAGAAGGAGAGAUUAUCACGAGAAAAAGGGAAGGAAGAAAGAGAACUGAAGGAAAAAGAGAGACUCACCCGGGAGAGGGAGAGAGCGGAGAGGGAGAGAUUGUUAGAACAGGCUGCUAAAGAGAAAGCAAUGAGGGAACAGAUGGAAGAAAUACGCAUUGCAAAAGAAAGAGAGAGUCUGGCACUCAAGAAAGAAAAGAUAGAAAGAGCAGAGAGGGAGAGACAAGCUAAAGAAAGAGAGAGACUGGCCUUGGAGAAAGCAAAUAUAGAGAGAGAGAGACUCUUGAAGGAGAGGGAGAGACUGGCCCUGGAGAAAGCAAAGAUAGAAAGACAGAGAGCAGAGAGAGAGAGAGACUUGAAGGAGAUGGAGAGACUGGCCCUGGAGAAAGCAAAGGUAGACAUAGAGAGAGCAGAAAGAGAGAGACUAGCAAAUGAGGGAGAGAGACUGGUCCUAGAGAAAGCAAAGAUGGAAAGAGAGAGGGUAGAAAGAGAGAGAGUAGCAAAGGAGAGGGAGAGACUGGCUUUUGCAAAAGCAAAGAUAGAAAGAGAGAUAGCUGAACAGGGCCGACAGGAAAGAGAGAGACUUUCCCUGGAGAAGACAAGGGUGGAAAGAGAGAGAGUCAUGAAGGAAAGAGAGGGACUGGCCAAAGAAAGAGAGAGACUGGUCGUAGAGAAAGAAAAGAUGGAAAGAGAGAGAGCAGAAAGAGAGAGACUAGCAAAGGAGAGGGAGAGACUGGUCCUAGAGAAAGCAAAGAUGGAAAGAGAGAGGGUAGAAAGAGAGAGACUAGCAAAGGAGAGGGGGAGACUGGCUCUUGAAAAAGCAAAGAUAGAAAGAGAGAUAGCUGAACAGGACCGACAGGAAAGAGAGAGACUUUCCCUGGAGAAGACAAGGGUGGAAAGAGAGAGAGCAGAGAGGGAGAGAGCCAUGAAGGAAAGAGAGCGACUGGCCAAAGAAAGAGAGAGACUGGUCGUAGAGAAAGAAAAGAUGGAAAGAGAGAGAGCAGAAAGAGAGAGACCGGUAAAGGAGAGGGAGAGACUGGUCCUAGAGAAAGAAAAAAUGGAAAGAGAGAGAACAGAGAGGGAGAGACUCUUGAAGGAGAGGGAGAGUCUGGCUCUUGCAAAAGCAAAGAUAGAAGGAGAGAUAGCUGAACAGGACCGACAGGAAAGAGAGAGACUUUCCCUGGAGAAGACAAGGGUGGAAAGAGAGAGAGCAGAGAGGGAGAGAGUCAUGAAGGAAAGAGAGGGACUGGCCAAAGAAAGAGAGGAGAAAGAGAGGAUGUGGCGAAAGAGAGCGGAACAAAAGAGACAAGCCCAGGAGAGUGAGAGAGCAGGGGGAGAGGAGGAAAAGAGGCAGCAGAAGGAGACUGAGAGAAUCGCCCGAGAGAGAGAAGGAAUGGCCAAGCAGCAACAGCGGGUGGCGAGGGAGAGAGGCGAGAGGGAGAGAGCGGAAAGAGAGCGCAGCACUAUAGAGUGCCAGAGAGUGGCCAAGGAGGGAGAUGAAAAUCUGGAGCGAGAGAGGACGGAUAGAGAGAAGCAGUGGAUGGCGGGAGAGCUGAGAGAGAAGCAGAGGAUGGAGGGAGAGUUGAGAGAGAGGCAGAGGAUGGAUGGAGAGCUGAAAGAGAGGCAGAGGAUGGCGGGAGAGCUGAGGGAGAGGCAGAGGAUGGAUGGAGAGCUGAGAGAGAAGCAGAGGAUGGAGGUGGAGCGGGCGUCCACGGAGAAGCAGCAGGUUGGGUUAGCCAGGGAAAGAGCUGCCAAGAACAAGGAGACGGAGAAUGUUCCUGAAGGAAAGGGGAGAGUGGGGCUGGCACCGGAGAGGGACACCAGGCAUGGGGACCAGGCCAGGCCUCAGGUAUAGUCCUCCGUCAGGGGAGGCCCAAGGCCAGCGGAGCAGGGGCUUACCAACAUCGCAAAGACAAACUAGUGGCAUCCGGCACACACUGAUGAUGUCACGACAUUGCCCCCAGAGGAGCAGGCUCGCUGUGUUAACACUGCACGUUGUGCAGCACCAUAUUCUGUUGCAUUUACCAUGACCAAGUGGUGAGGUGCACCAGGCCGAUGGUUACAUUAUCCAUGGAGUUGUAAGGUGUUGAAUCCACCAAGGCUAGGCCAGGUUGAUGCUGCACACACUGUACCGAAACAAUAUGGAUGCUUUGUUACGUACUCCAUUCUGACUCCAUUCAGUUCAAUUACAGCAAUCGGCGGUUUGUUACCAUUUCUUGCGGUUCUAUUUUAUGUCAAAGGAUUUUAACAUCAUUCUUUAUAAUAAGUGGAAUUCUCUCUCUCUUUCUCUUUCUCUCUACCUCUUUCUCUCUCUUUCUACCUCUACCUUUAUCUCUCUUUCUCUCUCUUUCUACCUCUACCUUUAUCUCUCUCUCUCUCUCUCUCUCUCUCUCUCUCUCUCUCUCUCUCUCUCUCUGUCGUUUUUGGGGGGAAGGUUCUUUCCUUUUUAUUUUAUUUGUUUCCUUUUCGUUGUAGCUUAGUAGAAAUGGGCCAGUCCUCUCUGAGGCAGUGUCUACGUCCUGGAGUUAGAGGCACAGAGAACAGAACGGGUGGCUAGGACUGUCGAGCUUUACCUUGAAAUCCCCUUGGCAGCAACUCACUGGUCAGGAGAAAAAAAAGGCUCAGUAGGAACUUCAACAGAGCGCCUCACCUGGAUCAGAGGAAUGUGUACUGUAUAUGACACCUAUAUAUGCAGUUGAAGGUGUUAUUACCGCAUGUUGUAAUGCCUAAUAUGUAAAUGAUUAAUAUUUUUGAAGGACUAUUAAAUAAAUGCUUAACAUAAA